CGCCGCGUUUCCUACAUUCACGAAGGUUUUAAUGCAUAUUUCGCCUUUGUGUUUAAUGUAAACAGUAGUAUGGACACAUAUAAAUGUAAUUAUAUCUUCAUAUGUGUUAAAACUCCUAAAUAUGAGGUCUUUUCUCGAUAAUCGUUGCAUUUCGCAAGCAACAUGUUCACAAAACAUAACAUCUUCUCUAGCUGAACUCUUCCAAUCGGUAAUGUUUUCAGUUCUGUCACAUGAACAGACAGAAGAGAGAUGUAGUUUUACUUAAAAACCUCACGAUUUCAAGAGUUAUGGAGUCUGUAUAUUUAAAAUUGUGCCUGUUGUAUCUGACAGCACUGGUGGCUGUCACAUCAGGAGGGAAGAUGAAGAUAGUGGAGGAACCUAAUACAUUUGGGUUGAAUAAUCAGCUUUUGUCUCAGAGUACCCGACUACAGGCGAAGAUCAGCCCAUCUCCAGUGUCUGGACCUUCACAUCUGCACAAACUGGCAGGGAAAUGCUUCAACUACAUUGAGUCCACAUACAAAUACGUAUUCUGUCCAUUUCAUAACGUGACUCAGCAUGAACAGAGUUUCAGAUGGAAUGCAUACAGUGGUAUAUUGGGUAUCUGGCAGGAAUGGGAGAUUCAGAAUAACACGUUUACUGGCAUGUGGAUGCGAGAAGGAGAUUCAUGUGGAAACAAGAACAGACAGACCAAGGUUCUCCUGGUGUGUGGGAGCAGCAGUAAACUGUCGAGUGUUUCAGAGCCGCAGACGUGUGUUUAUUCACUGACAUUUGAGACGCCACUAGUUUGUCAUUCACACUCUCUCUUAGUGUAUCCAGUUUUGAGUGAGCAGUUACAGAAGGAGUGGGAUGAAAUUGCGCAAGCUCGAUAUGAAGAUCUCAUCACAGAACAGGGAUAUAAUAAGCUGCUGAAGGAGCUGUUUGAAGAGGCGGGUCUCCUGAGAAGAGCUCAGCAGCAGAAGGCAGAGGAGAGCACGACGUCCCUCACACAACCGAGUCUGGAGCAGUGCACACAGGACUUUGAAAAGCAGCGAGCAGAGAUAGAACGGCUACGAUCGCUCCUAACACAACAUAACAUCUCCUACGAGGCGACAACAGACGGGACACGGGAUCAGGGUCAUGUCGAGCCCUCGCCCCUCCAGGACCAGCACCUCCGCGGUGACACCGGAUUUAUUGCUGAUCUGCACUAAGAUACCCAGCAGGAUCACAAAACACAGAGUUAAUUUAAACAUUCAGGAAAAUAAUGUUACUGUGAGAUAAUGGUAUUUAAUGAGUUUUAAAUUUGACUUGAUUUAGUCUGAACUGACUAUGUAUUAUGAAAAAUAAAGUUUUUAUGAGUUCUUACA